AUGCCAAUUCUGAGUAGGCAGACGCCUAAACUGUUAACCAAUAUCGGCGGAAAGCGCCAUGCGAGCGCAGACGAUCACGAAGAACCGUUACCCAAGAGACGAGCGAACGAAAAUGCCGCUCCAAUAAAGAGGCAACGGGAGGUUGAUGUCAACGCUGAACCCUUGUCUUCCGACGAUGAAAUACACGCUCCCUCACCACGACCGGUCCAGCCCUCGAAGCCUGGUAAACCUACGCCGAAGAGCACGCUAGAUACUCUAAGGGGACCUCAAAAAAAGCCUGGCAAGAAAACGCUUGAAACAAUACGUCCGCCCGCGAGAGGGGCGUACCAGAAUGGUCAAGCCCAUAAGUCGACUGCAGGCCUCGACGAUAGCAAGGAACACACUCCCGCGUCUUCCGCGGGAUCAUCCAGCGACAGUCCAAUCAAAUGGGGUAUGGAACACGUCUCUCAAAAGAAGAACACGAAUGGCAAAGGCUAUGGCUCGAAGAGCAAGAACAUACAUGCACCACCUCCAAAGAAGUUUGGCAAGGCAGCGUCAAAGACCACUACGCAGACGUACGGAUCAAAGAACAAAUCCCGGAAUGGCAUGUCGCAAGCCGGUGCUGAGAGUGACGGAAGUGUAUCUGGUUUAGACGACGACGAGCUCUUUGCGCUCCCCAAAGAUAGUGACAGACAACAAAAGAUGAAUGAUUUAGGACUACGUGAAGUUGAAAAGAAAGCAAACGGUACAAAAGCCAAGAGCACCAAUGCUACAUCUACUGCAUUCGACGACGACGAACUGGACAGAGAACUAGGGACCAAACCAAAGAGCCCUAAGUCGCUUAAAGCAGAAAAGGCCGCCAGAACCGCCCGCCUCAUGAACCAGCUUAGCAGUUGGAAGGAAAAUCAGGAACCGCCGUCUUCGCAACCACAUUCCAGUGCACCACAAGAAGCCCUCGACGACAUCAACAGUUACAUGAGCAAACUCCAGCCAGUGGAAGAGGAGGGCUCGCGAUGCCUGCUAUGUUCGAAGUCCGUAGAGCAAGAGGACUAUUGGGACUUCUGGAAAGGCAAAGAGAGAACAGUCAAGAACAAAUCUGCAUUCUGCCAUGCGCAUAAGAAGAAGUCAGCACAGAAGGAAUACACUGAGAUGGGAUAUCCGGACAUUGACUGGAAAGCACUUCCCAGGCGAAUACGCAGGCACAAGACGACUCUAUCGCAGAUACUCAACAACAACGAGUUUAGUGUACACAGAGGUCGUUACGAGCCGUUGGCUCUGACUGGAAAAGCCGCCGCUGUACCCUCGAGGCGAACAGAUCUUGCAGAAGACGUGCAAGAAGAGCUGGAAUCAUACGCUCUCGACGAGAAAGCCGCUUACCCGGGCUACUAUGGUUCUCAUGGUCGUCGCGUCAUCACAGAGAGCGUCAUGGAUACUCUAAAGGUCGAGAUGAAGAACUGCAAGGAUCGCGUUGUGCAAGCAUCCGGCAUCGCAGCCUUUGUACAAGCUGUGAUGGUUCCGGAGGCGGCAAUCCUACUGAUUAUGGAUGAUUGUUCAGUGAACAGAGAAGAGGCGGAUAAGAUCAGGGAGAAGACGUACGAUAUGGGUCUCCUUCUCAACGAGGAAAUUGAGGACGAGCUCGAAAGACAGGACGACAGUGAUGAUGAAAACGAGUAUCAGUACAAGUGA